CAAACCACACGGACGUAUUUCGGAACUCGCAGUGUAACAAUAGCGUCCACCGGAAGUGGACGAUAGCACGCGACCUUUCUGGUGUUGUAUACUGACGAUCAUAAAUUAUAAAAUGAGAACGAGAAUAAUUUGUGCAUUUUUAUUGGGAAUGUGCUCUGUAACUAGCGGAGAGGAAAUUAACAUUGAGUCAGUAUCGAAAAUUUCCAAAAACAGUGAUAAUUCAACCCGAAAUAUCGGAAGUUCAAAGGAUACUGAAGUGGGGAGAUCUUCCGGUGGAGGACGAUAUCAACUUCCAUUUGGUCAACUUCUGACAAAACCGGUUAGAUAUAAAAGUUCUAGUUAUCAAGAUUCUUACAAGACACCGAAAUAUAUCGUAUAUCCUAGUAAUAGUGACAGUCAGUUAGUUAAUAAUAAUGGACUAUCAAAUAAGGAUGUUGCAAUGGAUCGAUUUGCUCCUGGCGAGGCAUAUGGUGGCACAAUUUACAAAAUUUUAAAACAAAAACAACAAGGAUAUCAGUACAAAAAACCGGAUAAUCCUGCUCUAGAUGAUUCGUCAUCUCCAGCACCACCUACAGCACCAUCGCCUCCUCCUCUUCCACCGCCUCCAGCAAUGGUACCUGCUCCACCGACAGCGGCUCCUCCCGCACCACCUAUAAUAGUAGCACCCACUCCUGUUCCAAUGAGUGCGCCACCCACUUCGGCACCAGUUUCACCACAAGAUCUAAAUAAAUUUCCUCCAAACAGUGACACCAGUUACCCUUCUGUUAUGAGCAAACCACCAAGCUACGACAGUCCAAUAACUAGCUACCUUCCACCAGGUUCCAAACCCAUGUCGAGUCCUUCGUCGAACCAAUACAUCCCUCCUCCCGAUCUGUACAACUUUCCUCCAAACAUCAACUCAAACUAUCUUCCUCCUCCGUCGAGUGGACCAUUAAAAUUCAACGGAUACUCAAGCUAUUUGCCUCCUCCAGCAGGCCAAUCAGAUUCUGGUUCAGCGCCAUCCAAUUCAGCCCCACCGUCGGACAAUGACGACAUGAUCGGAACUAUUCAGGUGGGCCCGGAUAGUCAGUACCUACCACCGAGUCCCCCCACCGGGAUGGGCAUGCCAAUGGCAAACAUUAUGCCGAUGCCAAUGCAGAAUCCCGCACCAAAUAUGAUGAGUAUGAGUGGCCCUCCAGCUAUGCCUCCCGGUCCUCCUCCCAUGACUCCCGGUCCUCCACCAAUGGUUCCGGGUCCUCCACCAAUGCCAUCCGACCAUUCCUUUCCUUUCCAAUUCGAUCCCCACCACCAUCAUCAUCAUCAUGAUCACUAUCCCGAGUACUUUUUCGAUGAUCACGAUCACCAUCACUUCCACUAUGACGAGAUUAUGACGACAACGCCAGCACCGCCACCACCUCCACCGCCACCACCGCCGCCACCACCACCAUCACCUGGCACCGCACGUGUCAAAAACUACAGUUACUACUACAUCAGUCGUACGCUGUGGUAUGUCCCACUCUACUUUACCCUUUACUUUGUCUUCUAUGUCCUGAUCUUGAUUCUCCGAUCCAUCGCACGACACAAGGUCAACAUUCCAAACCAAUGGACUGGCUCGAGAUCGUUGAGUGCUUUGCCUCAUAUGACGAAUGCACAAAUGUUAGAUAAAGUUGAUACUUUAACAAAUUUUGUUAUGGCACAGAUUGACGAUUUCAAGCAAAAAUAUAUGGGAUGAAUGAAAACGGAAAUGGAGAGUUGUUCAUAAUUUGGGUAGUUUUACAGCACCUCACCACGAUCGAUAAUUAUACGAUUAUAUGCAAUUAACCCACAACGAUAGCGAACUUGUCCAUUAUCGUGACAGCAAUAUUUUGAAUUAGAACCUGCGACACAUGGCAUUCAUUUUUUUUUUUUUCACUGUCGAAUGUAAAAUUAUUUUGAUGUGAUAAUUGUUCACACCACAACUAUGUCUUAUUGUAUCAAUAAAGAGCAAAUUGGAAGCGAUGAAA